AUGAGGACCCUUGCCCUCCUCGCUGCCCUUCUCGUCUUCGCCCUCCAGGCCCAGACUGAGCCUCUGGGAGACACAGAUGACCAGCUUCCUGCCCAGGACCAGCCUGGGUCCGAGGUCCAGCAGAUGACCAUCUCCUUUGAGGGGGGUGAACGCUCUGCUCGAGAGGCUUCUGGCCAUCAGAGCAUCCACUUUUGCAUCUGCAGAUAUGGCCGUUGCCAUAGCCAUGAGCGUUCCUCUGGCUCCUGUCCACAAAUAAGCUCGAGACACAAGCGUUGCUGUCUUCGCUGACCUUUGUGGAUUGAGACCCAAAGCCAUGCAGGAUUCCAUUUGACGAUCCGGAAAAGGGUUUACUCUUUGUAUCUUGUAUCUUUUCUUAUUUCUCUCUCCGAAAUACACUUCAAGCAAUGAA